UAGCUAGCUAAGUAAUAGACUGUCUGUACUGGCUGAUGUCUGGUGGGUCAUAUUAUUCCAUUCAGUUACCAGUAACAAGCAUCUAGUAUACCAGCACUAUCUUUGACUGGAUUUGUAGCAUCUCUCGAACCAAAGAAUCGAUGUUGGCAUGUCGUUCACUCAGUCCUUGUUGGAGAAGAAAUUCUCCGAAUUGACUAGCUCGCAGCAGAGUGUACAGACGCUAUCCCUGUGGCUCAUUCACCACAGAAAGCAUGCUCGCCAAGUAGUACUGAUGUGGAAAGGCUGUCUACAGAAAGCUCCUCCUGGCCGAAAACUGACGUUUGUGUACCUGGCCAAUGAUGUCUUACAAAACUCCAAGAAGAAGGGCUCUGAAUACAGCAAGGAGUUCUCCGAAGUUUUGGAGGAAGUGUUUCAAGAUCUCUACCAGAUUGCUGACGCGUCCAUGCGCAAUGCUCUCGAUCGCAUCCUGAAAAUCUGGGAGGACCGUGCCGUUCUGACGGAUUCCGUGCUGGUGCUGCUUCGGAUGUGUGCAGGCCAAGAUUCGGAUCCAGUAGAAGCACCAAAGAAGAAGAAAAGGAGAAAAUCCUCAGCUGACUCGGAUGCGCGCAGAAGACCACCGGUGUUUGAGCAUCCGCCCGUCAAGGUUAACGUUCCAGAGCCGGACGUGCUAUUGCAUCACUUGCAGGAACUGGAAACGGCAACAGCAGCAGAUGACCAGAUACGCCUGCAGAUCGCCACGCUCCCAGAUGAAGUACAGAGCACUGCUUACGUUGAUAAUCUGCAUAAUCAAGAAGCUGCUGAAGAGCUUCAGAGACAGGUGGAGGACGCUGGUCGUUUGCUAUCCAGCUAUAACAUGCGUCUUGACCAGGAAAUGGGUCAACGGCAGCAUGCCAUUUCUCUCCUUCAGGCAUUCAUCAGGGACCAAUCUUCCCAGCAGGACCGUGUGCAAGCACUCCAUGAUGAACAUCAGAAGAGGCUUCAUCAUGUCGUUGAGGUACAUUCUCACCUCGAGAAGCAUUUGGCGAAUUUGCCAGACCUCAGCCAAUUGCCAUCCUUUACAGACGGGCUGGCGCCGCUUCCGUCCGCACAUGACCUGUUUGCUUGAUGGGUUGGUAAUCCAUGAUCUAGCUGUGCCCAGUGCAACAGUAACACCGCAUCAGCGUUGACAGCCCCGCCAUACCCCGUUCCUAUCUCAGUCUUUCAUCAACAUGCCCGGUGUUGUCUUGUGUUAGCCAGGACAGCUUUCCCUGUUGCAGGGUACGUACCGCGCACACGGUAGAGUGGACUACGCAUACGCCAUGCCUAUUCGAAGUCCUACUGGUGGCCUCUGUGGUCGCUGCUGUGUGCUACGAAUGACCGAUGCGAUGAUGGUGUGCGGGAAGGGUGAAGUGAAUGGUGCAGCAUCCUGCGAAUGAUUUCAUCGCCAAUGGAGCAAGAGUCCGGAGUUGGUGGUGUGACCGCUGAUUGCCACGAUGGUCUUAUGAACAGCUUUGGCUUGUGUUUGUCUCAGUCACCCAACACGGUUGGUUUGUGUCAUGCCCGUUUUUGGCGAGUUGACCUGCCGUAUUUGCAAUGACCCAUGUCCGAUAUUUAGGUUUUCCUGUCUAGACCCAGUGCAGGCACUGUUUUCUCUCUCUCUCUCUCUCUCUCUCUCUCUCUCUCUCUCUCUCUCUCUCUCUCUUUCUCUUUCUCUCUUGCUCUCCAAUUUUGCAUACAU